AUGAGGGCCGGCGGCUUCCCGAACCCCGGAGGGAGGACCGAGGGCCGGCGGCUUCCCGAACUCCUGCGGCGGGCUGGGCAGGUAGUUCCUCCUGCCCGUGGGCCAGAACUGUGGAGGCAGGCGGAGCCGCGGCCAAUAGAAACGACGGGGAGGCGAGUCUGCGGCCCAGGCCGGAAGUCGCCAGGCGGCCUCGACGGCGGGGAGUGGGGCGGCAGCGAGCCGGCAGGGCCGGGGACCGAACCCCUGGCGACGGAGCGCCAGAUUUUCCCCGCAAAUUACAGGCGCAGGCGCACACGCUUCACAGAAGAGCAGAUAAAAAUCCUCAUUGACACUUUCAACAAAAAACCAUACCCUGGCUAUGAGACCAAGCAAAAGCUUGCUUCUGAACUCAACACAGAGGCGUCUAGGAUCCAGGUUUGGUUUCAGAAUCGAAGAUGCAGGUAUCUGUUUCGGAACACACUAGUACUUCCGGAGGAUUCCGAACCAAGUCAAGGUGAUGGAGAGGACCGCCUUAGAGAAAAGAUUGAAGCUUAUAGUGCCCUUCUACAACAAGAACCCAGACGGUGCCGUACCACCUACAGCGCCUCUCAGCUGAACAUCCUCAACGAGGCAUUUAUGGAAAACCCUUACCCAGGAAUUGAUUCCAGAGAAGAACUUGCCAAAGCAAUCGGAGUGUCUGAGUCAAGAGUCCACGUUUGGUUUCGAAACCGGAGAAACAGACUCAGUUUCCACAGAAAAAGGAAAUCGGAGGAGCUCGAAGAAGAAGAGCAGAAAGCAGAAAGACAGUGCCCGAUUCACCAGCCUGAAGCAAAGCAGUGGGGGGAAACAGAGACGGCACCCAGGUAA